GCGCGUCUAGGCGGGCGGCGAAUCCGCCCAAAGACGUUCGUUAGACCGCUUUGCGUGGACAAAAAGAAAUUUUAAUAUUUUUUUAUCGGUGUUGGUGUUUUUUGUGUUGAUCAAUAUGGAUUCGGAUAGUAUAGAUCCUAAUGUGCUGGCAUCAGUGGAGUUUGAAGUGUAUGGGCAAGUUCAAGGUUGUUACUUUACAAAAUACUGCAAAGAACUGGCGGAGCAGAUCGGCAUAACCGGCUGGGUGAAGAACUCCAAGAAAGGCACCAUCGUCGGCAAGAUACAAGGGAACAAAUCUGUUUUGGAUCACAUGAUCGAGUGGCUGAAGACGACCGGCUCUCCUGGCUGCAAGAUUGAGAAGUGUGAGCUGACCAACUGGGAGUACCUAGCCCGGUUAGACUACACCGACUUCGGCAUACGGUUUUGAGAUUAACACUACUUGCUUUUGAGGUCCUUAUUGCAAAACAGCGUUCAAAACUCGACUCACGCCCGUAUUCACAAACGAUGCUUGCUUAAGUGAAGCAGCAAUCGAACGCAUAGCGUUUAAUAGAGCUCUGUGAUUGGUUCGUGUGUCACCCUGUGCGUCCAGACGCACUGUGAGACCUCAUGUUUGUGAAUACGGGCGUCAAUCUUCAGUCAUAGAUUGGUCUUUUAAGUUUUGUUAAACUCAGAAGCCUUAAUUUAUGGUUGAUAUAGAGUCGAAUUUUGAACGUUGUUAAUAAGGAUCUAAAACUGCUAAUUACUUAUUACUUUCAUAUUUUUAUUUUUACUAAAAUAACUUAUUUAUUUUGUAAUGCAAUAAAGUUAACAGUUCCAAG